AUGUUGGGCCGGUCGCCAGUUUACGCAAUCCAAGCUGAUGCACACUACCCGAAAGACCCGCCACCGAGUCAUCGCGUCAUUGUGUCACCCUGGCAACUAGGCCUCAAGUCGAACCGGCCAACAAGGCGGUCCAGUUGUCCCCGGGGCACCGAUCGAGCCAGGGGAGAAAGCCCACUCCGCCGGCUUGCCCUUUGCAGUCUGGCCGAGGCACCGACUCACGGCUGCCCUCAAGAGUCGACUAUAGCCUCGUCGCCAUGA